AUGGAGGCCGACAAGUGUGAGCCUAUAGCCAUUAUAGGCCUUAACCUCAAGUUUCCCGAGGAGGCUGUCACUCCCCAGGCAUUCUGGGAGAUGCUUUGUGAUGCCCGCAACGUGGCUACCGAACCGCCAGAAGGCCGUUACAAUGUAGAUGCCUUCCACCACCCGGAUCCCGCCAGGUUGGAUUCCCUCCGAGUCCGAAAAGCCCACUACCUUAAAGAGGACCCUCGAGCAUUUGAUGCGCCGUUCUUCAGCAUGUCUGUUGGCGAGGCAUCUAUAGUGGACCCGAUGCAGCGAUGCCUCCUCGAGGGCGCGUACCGGACAUUUGAAAAUGCUGGCAUCACAAUGGACCAAGCAGCCGGCAGUAAAACCUCUGUUUUCUGCGCAAACUUUGCCCGGGACCAGGAAACCAUCGUGGCUCGUGACCCGGAAUACCAGUCCCGCUACCAGUCCACCGCGACGGGCUACGCACUCCUAUCCAACCGCAUCAGCCACUUUUACGAUCUGCGGGGCCCGUCCCUGACCCUAGACACGGCCUGCUCCUCGGGCUUGUACGCCCUGCACCUGGCCGUGCAGAGUAUCCUGCUUGGGGAGAGCGAGAUGAGUCUUGUGUGCGGUGCAAACACCUGCAUGACGCCCGAGGCCAUCGCCGUUGUUUUGGACAAUGCCAAUUUCUUGUCCAAAGACGGGCGUUGCUUCAGCUUUGACCACCGCGCCAACGGAUAUGGCCGAGGUGAAGGCUUCGGCUUCGUGCUCCUCAAGCCACUCGGCGCCGCCAUUCGAGAUGGAGAUUGCAUCCGUGCUGUAGUACGGGGCACGGGUGCCAACCAAGACGGCCGUACACCCAGCAUCACGCAGCCUGGUGCCGAAGCCCAGCGGGCGCUGAUCAGGGAUACAUACGAGCGUGCCGGGCUGGGCUAUGACCAAACCGAGUUUGUCGAGGCGCACGGCACUGGUACUUUGGUCGGUGACCCGAUCGAGGCCGCAGCCAUCGGCGAGACCUUUAAGCCACACAGGAAAGAGCCCCUGUAUAUCGGCUCGGUGAAGUCCAAUAUUGGACACUUGGAAGGUGCCAGUGGUCUGGCUGGGCUGACCAAGAUUAUCCUGGCCCUGGAGAAGGGCAUAAUCCCGCCGAACGCCGACUUUGAAAAGGUUCAUCCUGGCUUGGACCUCGAUGGCUGGGGAGUCAAGAUCCCUGUCAAGGCGGUGCCCUGGCCGACUGAUGGUCUACGACGGGCGUCGGUCAGUUCUUUUGGCUAUGGUGGCUCUAAUGCCCAUGCAGUUUUGGACGAUGCAUACAAUUAUCUCAAGUUGAGAGGGUUGGAAGCUGUCCAUAAAACCGUUGAUAAGUACCGGGAAAAAGAUCUCGGGAACGGCCACAUUAACGGCAACAUCACAGAUAGCCACACCAUUCGAGACUCGGCCGAUUCUUGGGCCAUCAUCCCCUUUUCUGCCCACGAUGAAGGUGGGACCGGGCGCCAGGCCGAAGCCCUUCAAUCCCACAUGUCCGAAUCCGAAUCCAUCCUCACCACAGACGACAGGCACUCAUUUCUCCCGGACCUCUGCCACACCCUUUUCGCCCGCCGUUCAGUCCUCAACUGGCGCUCCGCCGCCGUCGUCAGCUCCAUUUCCGAUGCAUCUACCAAUCUCUCGUCUAGACUUUCCAAGGCCAUUUUCACCCUUGCUUCCAGGUCGCCAGUUCUCACCUUUGUUUUCACGGGCCAAGGUGCUCAGUACGCCAGGAUGGCCAUGGGCUUGCUGGACCGGUACCAGACCUUUAGGAGCUCCAUCAAUGAGUGUGAUGCUUUUUUGUCCAAUGAGCUGCGUUGCCCCUGGUCCGUAAUCGAGGAGCUGGGGCGUGACGUAAAGACCUCCAAGGUUGACCAACCGCUCUACUCGCAGCCGCUAUGCACCGCCAUCCAAGUUGCCCUGGUCGACCUGUUCAAUUCAUGGGGCCUCACCCCCUCCUCCGUCAUCGGCCAUUCCUCUGGGGAGAUAGCUGCUGCCUACUCAGCAGGUGCCAUCACCCGCCAUUCCGCAUGGCGCAUCGCGUACCAGCGUGGCGUAGUCUCGGAGAAAUUGGUCGCGGAUUCCAUCGCCAGCCCUACCACCAUGAUGUCGGUCGGUUUGAGCCAAGAGGAGGUAGCAUCAUACCUUGCAGGCACCGACGUCACGGUUGCUUGUAUCAACUCCCCCAUCAACGUCACCGUUUCUGGCCCCGUCAAGUCCAUCGAGGAGCUGUACACGCGCCUGGACGCCGCCGAGAUAUUCGCCAAAAGGCUGCCCGUCAAGAUUGGCUACCACUCUAGCGUCAUGCGCAGGGGUAGCCAGGAGUACGAGGCCAGCCUGCGGGGUAAAAUAGAGGCCCCUUCACCGUCGAGGCAGAGCGGCAGCGGUGGACCGGUCAGAACUGUCAUGUACUCUUCUGUUACGGGCAAGGCCAUAGGCCUGGGCGACCUGAACCAGCCCGAAUACUGGGUAGAUAACCUGGUUUCGGCCGUCAAGUUUGCCCCAGCGCUGACGGCUUUGACCUCCGAGGCCAAGGCCGGCAACCGCUUUUUCAUUGAGCUGGGACCUCAGUCCGGGCUGCGCAGGCCGAUCAAGGACACGCUGGCCCGGGCAGCCAAGGAUCUCAAGUGGAGGUACUCGCCUGUGCUGUCUUCCACCGACCAUGAUAUCAAGACCCUGCUGGAAGCAGUCGGUCAGCUUUGGAGCCAUGGUGUUGACGUCGAUCUGGACAAGGUCAAUGCAUCGUCCGUCACGCCCAUCAAGCGAGCACCCAGGGUUAUGGUGGACCUGCCCUCUUACCCCUUUAGUCGCGCCAAAUGGUAUUGGGACGAAUCCCGCAUCUCCAAAAAGUACGCCUUCAGGCCAUUCCGCCGCCACGCACUCCUCGGUAUCAGGGACACGGACUGGAAUGAGAGCGAAGGGUCGUGGAAGCAUACCAUAACCAUGGACGAGAACCCCUGGAUCCGAGAUCACGGCCUCAACGGUAGCCCAAUUUAUCCCGGUUCAGGCAUGCUGGUCAUGGCCAUCGAAGCGGUGCGGCAGCUUGCCCACCCGCACAAGGACCGCGUCAAGGGAUACCACCUAAGCUCGGUGCGCAUGCUACGGCCGAUCCAGGUCGACUCCUCGGAGCACGGAGCCGAGGCCAAGAUCCACCUGCGGCCGCGCAAACUAAUGGCCCCCACUGGACAAAUGCCGUGGUAUGACUUUCGCAUUUAUACAAUCCAGGCCGAGGAGUGGACCGAAGUUGCAUUCGGUAGCGUCAAGGUUGAUCUGGAGCCCGAGGAGCUGACCAGGCAGCAGAAGGAGGCGGCAAGGAUUCGGGAAGCCAAAUUCGCCGCCGAGCUCAGGGACGAGUACGAAAGCACGGCCAGAACGUGCACGCUGAUUGCGCAUAGCAAGCAGUUUUACACCAACCUCUCCACAAAAUCUGGCUUCGACUAUGGUCCAUAUUUUCAGUUGCUACAGAAUAUUGCCUACGACAGGUCUGGCCACGUCACGGCGACCUUGAAUCUAAGGGACUAUGCAAAGCAUAUGGAGUACGCCGGUGAAGAUCCUUGCGUUGUACACCCGACCACCCUCGAUGCCAUCUGUCAGAGUCAGAUGGUUGGCCUAUCCAGGGGUGGCUGGUACACAAUCCCGACCAUGAUGUUCACACACGUGGAUAACCUCUGGGUGUCACACAAGCUCUUUACUGCCACGGGCAACCCCAAACUCCAGGUUGCCUCUCGAGAGACGACGCGAGGCUUCAGGGAGUGCAUUUGCCGCACCAUUGCCUUGUUCGAGGACACCAAGGAGCCUGCCAUCAUCUGCGACGGCCAACGGGGCACUGCCAUAUCUAGUUUAGCCACUACCGUCACCAGCGACAGCGAAGCCACCGGCCGCAUGGCGUAUACAAUCGACUUUGCGCCCCAUGUGCCUUUGGUUCGCGAGCUCCAAGAACUGCGGCCAUUUCUGCAAGCCGGCGCCGGGCGAAACGAGAGUCUGGAGACGGAAAAGAACCGCACCAACCGCUCCGAUGCCAUUAUGCUACACUACGCCAAGCAGGUGGUGGCCAAGAUUGAGGCCGAUGGAGGGAAGAAGCCCUGGGUGGCAGGCCACUAUUUUGAUCGCUACCUGGCCUUUUUGCGUAAUGUGGUGGACAACCAAGCAAAGUGGCAGCCAGCAGGCAGAGGCUUGACCGGCGUGACCAUGAAGCAAAUACUUGACGAGGCAGACCUCGACCCCGGAUGCGCCCUCAACAAGCAUGUUGGUGACCAGGUACUUGGCAUCCUCGAGGGCAAAGUCAGCCCCCUGCAGGUCAUUUUCGAAAACAACCUGGUUGACGCCUUUUACCAUGCCGACCUGACCUCGCUGCUCAACCGUGUGAUCGGCGAGUACGCCAAGGUCCUGUCCCACAACGACCCAACGCUGCGCUUCCUGGAGCUCGGUGCCGGCACUGGUAGCUCCACGGCCAAGGUCCUGCCAGCGCUGGUGCACAACCUAGGCAACGGGCAAGAAGCGGUGCGAUGCGGCGAGUACAUGUACACGGAUAUUUCCAGCGCCUUCUUCGAAAAGGCCCGCGAGCGUUUCUCGUACGCUGCCGCGGCGAUCAAGUUUGCCAAGCUGGACAUCGAGGCCGACCCUACAGCGCAAGGCUUCGAGGAAGGCUCAUACGACGUCGUCAUCGCCGGCAACGUCCUGCAUGUCACCAAGGACCUGGUCCAGACUCUAGGGAACGUGCGUAAGCUGCUCAAGCCCGGAGGCAGUCUUUGUCUAGCCGAGCUAGUCAACGUACACAGCAUGCGGCACACGUUCGUCUUUGGUCUGCUUCCCGGCUGGUGGCUCCGUCCAGCCCCCGAGGGCCAUGGAUAUAGCGACCAAGGUCCGCUGCUGUCGGCCAGCCAGUGGGAUCAGGCCUUCCGUGCGGCGGGCUUUUCUGGUCUCCAGCUCGAGUUCCAGGACUUUGAAGACCCUCUCUAUCGCCAGGUGUCUAUUCUGAUCACCACCAACCCGGGCGACCCGCCCUCGCCCCCCACCAAAGCACUCACCAUGUCGAGCGAUAUUGGCCGCUAUGUCGUGGUGGCUGCAGCGGAUUCGGAACAGCAAGCGAGCCUUUGCAGGGAGCUCCACGCCCGUUUUGGCCCAUCCCCCAUCUACACGCUCUUGGACAUGACCAAUCUCUCCGACGCGGAUCUGCAAGAUACCACGGUAAUAAGUCUAGUCGAGCUCAGCUGUCCCGUGCUGGCAAAAGCUACCGAAGGCGAAUUUGCAGGCAUCAAGCGCCUUAGCACGCGUUCCAAGAUGACCUUCUGGCUGACCAGCGACCUGGGGCCAAUUGCAAAGAACCCAGAUGGCGAGGUCACUAUUGGCUUCGGCCGAACGGUGUGCUCGGAGCGUGCCGAUCAGUGUUUUGUUAUCGUCAGCUUGGAAAGGCCCUUUGCCGACGCCCAAGCCUCUGUUGAGACGCUUUCUCGCGUUCUCUCAGACACCAGAACCAGGGAUGCCGCCUCCAGAGAGACCGAGUACAUCGAGGCAAACGGCGUGCUUCACACUCCUCGCCUCGUCCCGGCAGGUCAUCUGAACGCAGAAAUGCUUCUUCGUACCAAGAAGCGCGACCUCGAGACCUACACAAUCGGUAGCACCGAUGCUGCCUCCAAGCCGCACGUGUACCUCACCAUUGAAACGCCAGGCCUGCUUGAUACUCUGUAUUACACAGAGGAGGACCUGGUGGUGACGGGCGACGACUGUCUCAAGCCUGGCUAUUGCGAGGUUGAAAUCAAGGUGGCGGGGCUCCAGUUCCGCGACGUCAUGACCGCGCUUGGCCAGGUGCCAGGGGACAGCUUUGGGUGCGACGGCGCUGGGGUUAUUACGCGGUCGAACCCCGGGAGCAGGUUCCAGCCCGGAGACAGGGUCAUAUACUGCAGCAACGAUGGCAAGGGUUUUGGCACGUAUGCCCACUACCUGGAGCAGGACCUGACGCUCAUCCCCGCCGGCAUGUCGUUCCAAACCGCAGCUGCAAUCUCGGCUGUGUGGAGAACGGCGGUGUACUCUUUUGACUACCUGGCGCGCCUGCGCAAGGGACAGUCGGUCCUGAUCCACGCCGGUGCAGGUGGUGUCGGCCAGGCAGCCAUCCAGCUGGCCAAACUGCGAGAGGCCGGUGCCAUCUACGUUACCGUGGGGACCGUCGAAAAGCGCGACUUGGUCAAGUCGCUGUACGGCAUCCCGGAUGAAAACAUUUUCCACAGCCGCGAUGCUACCUUCAAGGACGACCUGCUGCGUGCCACCAACGGUAGAGGGGUCGACGUCAUUCUCAACUGCGUCGGUGGCGAGCUGCUCCAGGCCUCGUGGGACUGCAUUGCACCCCUCGGUACCUUUAUCGAGAUUGGAAAAGGCGAUGCCAUCCAGAACAACAACCUUCCCAUGGGGCCCUUCUCGCGCAACGUCUCGUUUGUCUGCGUUGACCUGUCACUAGUCAGCAGGGUCGACCCGGCCCUGAUGACGUCCGUCAUGGGCGACGUGCUGGACUUGUUCGCCAAGCACCCUGAGCUCCACGAGCCUCGGCCCCUGCAGAUUUACGCCGCCGACAAGAUCGAGGAGGCUUUUAGGCUCGUGCAGAGUAGCAAAAACACCGGCAAGGUCUUGGUGGACUACGAGUCGGCGGGAACGGCGGUUCGGUACCAGCCUGCCGUCAAACCCUCUCACACCUUCGCCUCGGCGGCAACCUACGUUAUCGCUGGUGGUCUAGGUGGUCUGGGGCGGGAGAUUACCAGAUGGAUGGUGGAGCGUGGCGCGCGGCACUUUCUUCUAUUGAACCCGAGAGGCGUCAACAGUUCGGGCGAGGUCAUGUCCUUUCUCAAAGAGCUGGACGACAUGUCGGUCAGACACCUCGAGCCAGCAUGCGACUGCGCCGACGCCGCCGCCCUGGACGCGGUGCUCAAAAGCGCUGCAGCUGCCGGCUUCCCGCCCGUGAGGGGCUGCAUUCAGGGCGCCAUGAAGCUGGAUGACGACGCCGUUGCCAAUAUGCCGGUUUCGAAACUCCACGCCGCCCUGGACCCGAAGCGGGUGGCCUCCUGGAACCUGCACAAGCUUUUGCCCAAAGAUUUGGACUUUUUCGUCCUGCUGUCUUCGUUUUGCGGCGUCUUUGGCAACCCUGGGCAGAGCAACUACGCGGCAGGGGGCUCCUUCGAAGAUGCCUUUGCCCGCUACCGUACGUCGCUCGGCCAAAAGGCGGUUUCGAUUGACCUAGCCCUGGUGGCGGAGGCGGGUUGGGCCAACGACAAUUACGAAAUGGUGGCGUCGAACCUGCGCACGUACGGCGGCAUGCACAACGACCAGUUGAUGGCACUCCUAGACGUCGUAUGCGACCCCGACUACGAGUGCGCCACGGCAAACAACUCACAGGUGGUGACCAUCAUCGACACCCCGCGCCAGAUUUACACGCUGACCGAGGAGGGCCGCAUCGUGUGGCCAACCAAGCCCCUUUUUCGGCACCUGCUACGGAUUGGAGAAACGACAGACGACGGUCCUGCCGCGGCAAACGGGGCUGGUGAUGACGGGGAGGCCGCGGCCCUUGAUUAUAUCGCAAUGGUCAGAUCUGCGCCGACCCUCGAGGAGGCGGGAGAGAUAGUCGCGCGUGGGCUGGUGCAGAAACUAACAAAGUCGCUCUCGGUCGAUGGAGAAACUUUGGAUGUAGCCAAGCCAGCGUACAUGCUGGGCGUGGACUCGCUAAUUGCUGUCGAGCUGCGGUAUUGGUUUAUGCGCAAGUGUGGUAUCGAGGUGCCCGUGUUUAUAAUUUUGAAAAACCAGCCGCUGAGCGACCUGUGUACCUAUGCGGCGGAGAAGGUUUUGGAGGCGGUGAUAACUUGA